AUGUCUCAUAACGACUCUCCACAAACUCCUCCUCUGCGUUCAUCGCCCUAUCCCAGCGCCAGAUCAAAGCUUCCUCAGCUAUACGUCGUCGAUACCACCAUGAAGCCGCAAGAAGACGACGCCAACGACCAGCCGUGCUCACCCCUGUCACCGGUGUCAGCGUCGCCCUGGGAAGACGCCUCGGCUGCAUCAACCGAAGCAAGCAUCCCGUCAACGCCCACAACCCAAGUCAGCCUCAACGAUGCUCUGCAUACGGCCUCUUUCCCUCUGCUACUUCCAGACUUCCCCAGCAGCAAGACCCAGCCUUCAUCUCAGUCAGCCCCCUCAGAAACCGCAGAUGUAAAGGUGCCCCCUGAAUCAAUGGGGGGCCCCAUCAAGCACAUCCCGCCGAGAUGGGCCCUCAAAGGCGACAUUUACACCUUUUCCUUUUGGACGCCUCCUUCGGCUGCUGGCUCGCUACCCGAACACGCAUACUCACCGCUCGAGGGGAAGACGUCGUUUGCCGACGAGACGAUGAGCAGGCCGGUUGGUGGCCUGAGCAUGAUCCAGAUCCUGAGCUACACGGACUCGCCCGUGGGGCCAUAUGACGAGAUGCUGGUGGCGCCGGGCAGCUUUGAGUGGGAGAGGACGGAGCCUGGAGGCGAGAAGAAGAAGGGCUGCAACCCCAAGAUUACGAGGAUCUAUGUGUCAACGCCGAACAGCUGCUUCAACGGGAGGACGAACUGGAACACGCCCAAACACCUCGCCAAAUUCGUCUGGGACCACCACCCCGACGGCUCCACCACCAUCCAAAUCUUCCCCCACGACGAUCCCCUCAACCUCGACGAGUCCCAGCCCUCGCCCCGGCCCUUGUUCGCCACCACCUUCAAGCCCAUGACCCUCGUCCCGCGCUUCCCCUUCGCCACCAGCUGGGUCGACCACCUCGGCUUCAACACCACCCUCGUCAUGCCGCCCCUGCCCGCCGGCAACGGCUCCUACGGCGAGCUGCCCGCCACCUCCCGCUGGAUCAGCCUCGUCACCAAGCAGUACUGCGCCAGCAGCUCCGUCGGCUGGUACGACGUCGCCCAGCCCGCCGGGGGGGAGGCCUGCGGUGGGCACAAGAACUUCCUGCCUUGGCUGGGCAGGUGGCAGGUUGGGCUCAAGAUGAAGGACGCCGACUUGACGUUUGAGAUUCCGGAGGAGACGUGGGAAAGGGGCGACGUGAUCGGAGAGGCCACGACACCGAGGGCGGUUGACGAGACGAACAACUCGACGCCGCAGCGGGAGAAUAUCGAUGCAACGACGUCAAAUCCGAGGCAAUGGGGUUCCGGCAACUUCCUAAACGACUAUUUCAACUAG